CAGUGGGGGCUUAUUCGAGGGGGGGCUUAUUGACAAUUUGAAGUUCUAGGGGGGGGCAAUUCGAGGAUUUACGGUAUAUCAAAAUACCUGCGUCUAAUUGCAAUUAGCUAGCAUUUGUCGAAUUAUUUGUAGAAUAUAUUUCUUAUCCAACUUACCUAGUCUUGUGUACAAAUUCUUUUCAAUAGCACGAAAAAGCAGAAAAUUAUCAAACUCAUACUACAGUACUUUCCGCCCGAUGUUCUUCUAAAUAAUUUGAGCUGAUUUUGAUUGAUUUUUAUUUAGCAAAAAAGGUGAGGAGGACACUGCUUGUCAGAAGCCUCGGCGAUAUCUGAGUACAUAGAUUGGCUUCAGUUUUGGGGUGGUGAAACUUUGUAUCUACUGCGUUACUGCAGCAAGCUCUUUGUUGAUGACAGGAUUUCCAAAGAAGGCAACAGGUGACCUCAUUUCUCUCUGGUUUGAUAUGGGAAGUCUGCCUACAUCAGAGAAUAAAGAGUAAAUUUUAACAUGCAUCAACGUAGUUUAUCAUCAUAAGCCCCCUUGAAUAUUGUUUGGUUAUCAACGUAAGGGCUUUCGUUUUAACGACUGAUUUUAGGCCUGGAUUGUGCUUCGCAACAUUUUCCCCAGUUUCUGCAGACCACGGUGAGUAUUUUAAAUGUUUGCUUUUUUAAAAGCCAAGAUCUGACUCUCUUCUGAGAGGGAUAUGAUGUUGUGGAAUUAAUUUGAACAAAUCACAGCAUAUCAAGUUAGGAAGGGCCCUUAGAUUUUGGAUGUAUAGAUAAGACAUGAAAUGAAUGAUAAAUAUACGAGUUUUGUUUGAUUACAUAGGUGUUUCAUUACGUUUUACUCUGAAAGGUUGAUGAACACGAUUAAGGGUGUUCCAUGGAACACUUGAAAUUGACCGUUCACAUUAAAAAACUUUUUGCUUAACAUUGGUAGAUGUUCUUUACUGGCUUUGCCUGAUAAAAUGCUGAACCCCUGUAACUUUUCUCAAAAAAUUUGCAAUGAUUAGAAAUAACCUUCCAGUUCUGUUAUUGAAAUAGGCUUUUCUAGGGAACUAACACCCAAAUGCUCAUCAACCUGACUUGCAUUCUUCUGUCCCUAAGUUGUUUUCAACUUCAUCACUUACAGCAUUGUACCCAUUUAUUUUCCUUUUGCGGAUUUCUGUAAAGACAAUCCUUUUCUCUUCUUCCAUUCUAGAAAGACCGUAAUUUCUGGUGCUUACGACAAAACGAUUUUUAACUGUCAAAAGUAGUGAUAUUGGUACCUACACCUCUAGUAGCAUGGUACCACCAACCUGUCAACCCUCUAUCGUAAUUCUACUGCAUUAAGUUUGUAUGGGACAGGAACGAUGUACCAGCUGAACCAGGUAAAGAAAGAGAUUGUGGAUCCUCAGGUACUAAUUGAAACCAAAUAAAAAUAACAUUGAGCGAUGAAGUUUUGCCUCUUUAAUUGUCGGAACUUUUCCAUUCCUUUCGGGCAUUUUUCUUCUCACCAUAAUUGCUACACGUAGUUGGUAAAUUAUUUGCUAUAAACACAGAAUUGUGUAGUGAUUACUUGUUUUUCCUACGGUUCAUUUAGAUGAAUCGCAUGGUGAACUUGUUAGGAUCGCGGGAAAACCUUUAAAGGACAAGUGACACGCUUUUGGCGCCAAAUUUUUUUUUUCUUUUAACUUAAAGUAAAAUGCUGUAUGAGAGUGCUGUUGAAAUAUUUUUCCUUUCUGAUUUCAUUUACCUACUUAAAAACCCUUUUCAAAUUAUGGCGGGAAAUGAAUCACGUGACACCGUGACGUAGAUUGUGAUAAUUUGUUUUUGCUGCUACUGGUAUACAGUGCAAUAUCAACGUUUACAACACGCUUCUAAACGAAAUCAGAGUUAGUUAUCGGGUCAUUCUUUUGCAAAUUGUUUUCGACAUUAAGUAAUUCUUGUAAAUAAGUAUAAAUAGCAAUAAAAUGCGCCACUGUAUUGCUUACGGAUGCACACCAAAAGUAAGAGCUGCGGCCACCGCCGAUGGGAAGAACAUAUCAUUCCAUAAAUUUCCAGAGGACAAAGCAGUUAGGAAAGCCUGGCUUGUCAAAAUAAAACGAGAAAACUUUGUACCAAGUCGACACUCCAGAGUCUGCUCCCUUCAUUUUACAAAUGAAUCGUUUCUGAGAUCGCCUGUUGUGAACAACUCUUUGGAAGUGACGAUGAAGGCACAACUUUUGCCAGAUGCCGUCCCCACGUUAUUUGUAUAUAACAAAGUUCAAAGGCGUAUAUCUGGUGCCCGCAAAAAGAGAAUUCAUUCAGAAGUUAUUGAAUCAGCACUUGCAUCCCAUCAAUCGAGUUCAAAUGCUGAAAAUGAGCUUAUUGUUGAGGAGACCACUGAUCGGAUGGAUGCUAUGGUUACUGCGGACAUAACAGAUUCUGUUGUAACAGGUGAUAAUGAUGAUGAUGCAAAAAAAUUUGUUGAUGUCUCUGUUCAAACAGAUUCAUGCAAUUGCCGCUGUUUUUGCUUUAAAGAAGAUGAUGUACUGUCUCAGGAGAGUACCAUCGAGAGCACAAAAGAAAUUGAAGAAUCUGAUUAUGAAACAGAUGAAAGUGAUAUAGAGGAAAGUGAGGAAAGUGAUAUUGAAUAUGAAGAAAUAGUAGAUGUUUCACAAAUACCCUUGCCUGCCCACAAGGAUAGAUAUUUUCUCAUACCACAGACCAUUUUGCUCACGUUAUUCCAGUUAUGCCUUGUACCUGGUUGUUUGAAAUCUGCAACGGCUAAAAUAGUUUCAAUUAUUGGGACAAUGGUGAAGAUUUCAGUGAGUUGUGCAGCUGGACAUGAAACUACCUGGCACAGCCAAAAAUACCACCAACAACUGCCCAUUGGUAAUCUACUUGCAUCAGCAGCUGUAUUUUUGAGUGGAAGCAGUAUUGCCAAGGUAUCAGUGAUGAUGCAUCAUCUUGGAGUGCCAUUCAUUUCUAAAAGAACUUUUUACAGGCAUCAGAAGCUCUAUCUAAUCCCAGCUGUCAAUGAUGAAUAUCACCGACAGCAUUUGGAGAUCAUAGAACAAUUGAAAGGAAAAGAGAUUAUUCUGGGAGGUGAUGCAAGGUGUGAUUCUCCAGGCCACUCUGCUAAAUAUGGCUCUUAUACCUUUAUGGAUUUGACGCACAACAAAAUCAUUGACAUCAGGCUUGUACAAGCAAAUGAGGUUAAAAGUAGCUACCAUAUGGAGCUUGAAGGUUUGAAACGAGGACUUCAGUACAUGCAGGACGCCAAUAUCCAUAUUGCAGAAGUGGUAACUGACAGACAUCUUCAAAUAAAGAAGUAUAUGAGAACAGAGCAUACUGACAAAAAACAUAGCUUUGAUUGUUGGCAUAUAUGUAAAGCACUUGCAUCCCAUCAAUGUUCAAAUGCUGAAAAUGAGCUUAUUGUUGAGGAGACCACUGAUCGCAUGGAUGCUAUGGUUACUGCGGACAUAACAGAUUCUGUUGUAACAGGUGAUAGUGAUGAUGAUGAUGCAAAAAAAUUUGUUGAUGUCUCUGUUCAAACAGAGUCAUGCAAUUGCCGCUGUUUUUGCUUUAAAGAAGAUGAUGUACUGUCUCAGGAGAGUACCAUCGAGAGCACAAAAGAAAUUGAAGAAUCUGAUUAUGAAACAGAUGACAGUGAUAUAGAGGAAAGUGAGGAAAGUGAUAUUGAAUAUGAAGAAAUAGUAGAUGUUUCACAAAUACCCUUGCCUGCCCACAAGGAUAGAUAUUUUCUCAUACCACAGACCAUUUUGCUCACGUUAUUCCAGUUAUGCCUUGUACCUGGCUGUUUGAAAUCUGCAACGGCUAAAAUAGUUUCAAUUAUUGGGACAAUGGUGAAGAUUUCAGUGAGUUGUGCAGCUGGACAUGAAACUACCUGGCACAGCCAAAAAUACCACCAACAACUGCCCAUUGGUAAUCUACUUGCAUCAGCAGCUGUAUUUUUGAGUGGAAGCAGUAUUGCCAAGGUAUCAGUGAUGAUGCAUCAUCUUGGAGUACCAUUCAUUUCAAAAAGAACUUUUUACAGGCAUCAGAGGCUCUAUCUAAUCCCAGCUGUCAAUGAUGAAUAUCACCGACAGCAUUUGGAGAUCAUAGAACAAUUGAAAGGAUAA